AUGAGGAAGCCUGGAGGUAUCAACGAUAUCUUGACUGCGAUCAACAAACUGUCCCUCGUUCAUCAUCAACAUAUCGCUUACUACGAUCCCAAGGGAGGAAAGGACAACGAACGUCGCCUUACUGGUCUCCAUGAAACCGCCAAAAUCGACCAAUUCUCCCAUGGUGUCGCAUCCAGAGCCAGUUCAAUUCGUAUUCCUCGUCAAACGGAUGACGAUGGCUAUGGCUACUUCGAAGAUCGCCGGCCGUCAUCGAACUGCGAUCCUUACAACGUGACUGCCGCUCUCGUGCGCACAGUCUGCCUGGAUGGUGAUGAUCGGAAACUUUCUAUGAUGUACGUGCCAACCACGUGUAUUAAUAACUAA